AUGUGGGCGCGAAUGUUCCCGCAGCCGACCCCGUCCUUUGCCGCCGCCCACACCCAGACAUGUCGGCAUGCCCCCGCCAACCAAAAAAAGCAUCGACGCCUUCGUCGUCGUAGGUCGCCGGGGGGCACGGCUUGCGUCGUGCACCGCGCGGGCGCCGCGAGGCGGGGCCGCAGCGCCCUGGAAGCUGGGGCGAAUGGCGGGGGAGCGGAGGGUCCCGACGGUGCACCCGAGGAGGAGGAGGAGGAGGAGGAGGAGGAGGAAGAGGAGAGGGAGGAGGAGGAAUGGCCGAAAGAGUCUGCGCAGGAGGCUGGCAGGCCGCUCCCUGAGUGA